ACACGACGUCACACAAAGGAUGUCACCAAGGGUUGGAAAAAGCGAGUUCUUAACGAAUGGCAAUCAGGCAAUCGCGUUGAGAAAACGACAAGGGGUGGUCCACGUUUCCAUAUCGAUAGUCGACAUUUACUCAUUGCACCUGUCCCAAAUGUGUAAAAAAAACAUCCGUCCAGAGGAAUCAACGCUACGCCGCGGCAGCGACAGGGUUAAUGGGUAAUCUCUGCCCCCCUCCCCGCCAGACCCCUCGGGAAUAGGCGGAGAUUCCAAGAGGGACGCGUCGCGUACAGGAGAAGCCGAGAAACAAACUUGAGAGCGAAAUCACGACUUCCAGACGUGGUAGAUUUAUUUUUUUGUUGACAUUUGUAUUCCUUGUUCGCCACAGCCAGAGACCUAUGUGAUUCGGACACAUGGAGUGACUGAUUGAUUGGGAUCAACGGGAGUCGUCUGUGGACCAGUACUGAGAUGGAACGAUACCGAAGUUUCUAAAGAAAACAUGCAGUGGUCAUUUAUCCUAUAUACGUGAUUGAGUUGCGUGUUUUGCUCAUUGAGCAGUUGCAAUGAUGGAUGAUAAUGUCCAACCACAACAUGAAGCGUAAAGGCGCCCCCAGCUUGACGGAAUGAGCGCGGAAUGGAAUACAAAUCUGGUCAACGUGGACGUUACUUCGGUGUUUUGCAUUGACCGAGUGGACUCCAUCCAUUAAGACGUCCUUCGGACAAUCCACGAGACAGUAUUGGUUAGGCCUACUCAGUUAUUUUGAGGUAUUUUGUUUCCCCAACAAGUGACACAAUGAUGAACCCAGCGACAUUGUUGCGGCGUGCAACUCUGUGCUGCAUGGUUUUCGAGAUACUUUGGCACAGCGGUCAAGGUCUCAACGUGUGUAUGAGUGGCAGUGCGACAUCAUGUGAAGAAUGCAUCUUAAUUCACCCCAGUUGCGCCUGGUGCGCACAAGAGGGCUUCGGAAGAGUGAGAUGUGACCUCACUCAAAGUCUACAGAUCCGGGGCUGCAAGGCCCAGUUCAUCGAGUUCCCCAGCAGUCAGACCUCCAUCCUGAAGAGCAACCCGCUGAGCACUAAAGGGUCCGCACCCUCCCAGAACGAGGUCACCCAGAUCAUGCCGCAGAAGAUCUCUGUGAGCCUGCGGCCAGGUGACCAGACGUCGUUCCAGGUGCAGGUGAGGCAGGUGGAGGACUACCCGGUGGACCUCUACUACCUGAUGGACCUCUCUCUCUCCAUGAAGGACGACCUGGUGACCAUCCACAACCUGGGCACCAAGCUCACCGAGGAGAUGAGCCGACUCACCAGCAACUUCAGGCUGGGCUUCGGCACCUUCGUGGACAAGAACAUUUCCCCCUUUUCCUACACAGAGCCCAAGUAUCAGAACAACCCCUGCAACGGAUACAAGCUGUUCCCCAACUGCGUGCCAUCCUUUGGCUUCCGCCACGUCCUGUCGCUCACGGACAAGGUGGACCGCUUCAACCAGGAGGUGCAGAAGCAGAUGGUGUCGCGCAACCGGGACGCUCCGGAGGGCGGCUUCGACGCCAUAGUGCAGGCCGCCGUCUGCAAGGAGGAGAUCGGCUGGAGGAAGGAGGCCUUCCACCUUCUGGUGUUCGCCACGGACGACGUGCCCCACCUGGCCCUGGACGGGAAGCUGGGGGGGCUGGUCAAUCCCAAUGACGGAGAGUGUCACCUGGACAAGAACAACGAGAACAGUGCUUCCACCCAGAUGGAUUAUCCCUCUCUCGGUCUGCUAGGAGAAAAACUGGCCGAAAAUAAUAUCUAUCUCAUCUUUGCGGUGACGAGGAGGUAUUACGUAAUUUACAAGAAUUAUACUGCCCUCAUUCCGGGAACGACAGUUGAAAUCCUCGACAUGGACUCAAAGAACAUCAUUCAACUGAUCGUCAAUGCCUACAACAACAUCCGGUCCAAAGUGGAGCUGACCGUGUCGGACCAACCAGAGGACAUCAGUCUGUCCUUCACCGCCACCUGCCAGGACGGACAGCCGCUACCGGGCCUCCGGAAGUGCUCUGACCUGAAGAUAGGGGACACCGUGUCCUUUGACGUGAACGUGGAGGCGAGGAGCUGCCCCAAAGGAGCAGCGAGCCAGAGCUUCACCAUCAAACCGGUGGGUUUCAAAGACCGGCUGGAGGUGACGGUGGACUACAGCUGUGACUGCGGCUGCACCCGGGCCGCGCAGACCGACAGCAGCGUCUGCAGCUCCGCCGGUACCUUCACCUGCGGGAAGUGCUACUGCGAACCGGGCUACCUGGGCUCCCACUGUGAGUGUCAGGAGGGCGAGUCUGGCAACAACCCCCUGGGCGCCUGCAGGGAGGCGGAGGGCAAGCGGAUGUGCAGCGGGCGAGGGGAGUGCAGCUGCAACCAGUGCCUGUGCUACGAGUCGGAGUUCGGCAAGGUCUACGGCAGCUUCUGCGAGUGCGACGACUUCUCGUGCGCCCGCCACAAGGGGGUCCUCUGCGCAGGCCACGGAGAGUGCCACUGCGGGGAAUGCAAGUGCCAUGCCGGCUACAUCGGCGACAACUGCAACUGUUCCACGGAGACCACCUCGUGCCUUGCCGACGACGGCCAGCUGUGCAGCGGCAGGGGCCACUGCGUGUGUGGCCACUGCCACUGCUCCGAGCCCGGGGCCUUCGGAGACACCUGUGAGAAGUGCCCCACCUGCCCUGACGCCUGCGGCACCAAGAGGGAGUGCAUUGAGUGCCGACUGUUCAACUCUGGCCCCCUCGCUGACAACCAGACCUGUCAACGCCUGUGCAAGGAUGAAAUCAUCACCGUGGAAGCACUGGACACGGACGACUCGGCUGGCGUGCUGUGCCUGUACAAGUCGGAGAACGACUGCGUUAUGAAGUUCAUGUACUCGGAGCACGCCAACGGAAAAUCCAUCCUCACCGCCCUGAAAGAGCCAGAGUGUGGUGGGGGUCCAGAUGCCCUCAUGGUGCUGCUGGCGGUGGUGGGCAGCAUCCUGAUGGUGGGAAUCAUAUUGCUAGCCGCCUGGAAACUGGCCAUCACCGUUCACGACCGCAGGGCGUUUGCACAGUUCCAGAACGCCCGCUGCCGGGCGCGAUACGAGGUGGCCUCCAACCCUGUGUACAAGCAGCCGGGGGCCAGCGACGCCGUGAGGGAGGACUUCAGCAUGUACGACAAGCCUUUCAACGGAGGCCACCACUGAUCUGAUCCCCCCCCGUCCCCGUCCCCGUCCCCCCCCCGUCCCCGUCCCCGUCCCCGUCCCCAGCCUCCGCGGGGCGGCUGCUGGCGGCGGGCCCCAUCCCAUCAGCCCGUCCCCGGAGGACAGGGUAGGGUCUUGUGGGGUCGGUGGACCAACGCUCACCCCACCCACCGGCUCCGUGACUACGCUAGGGAGCGGACAUGACGUGCGUGUGUCGGAGACGACGUGUGACCUUAAAUAAAUGGAGAAAGGAGAAAAAAAGGCUCUUUGAAGAGUUAACAUCUGGCAGACCGCAGUGACUUAACUGAUUGGUCCUGCGGCAUUGCAACGUUGCAGCAGGUUAUGACACCCGGAAUGCUGAUUGGGUUGUGGUAUUGGGUUGUGUCCAAAAACAAGCUUGUUGGUUUGUAGAUAAUGGACACAAACGCACAAAAGACUUCAUAAAGAUAUACGGCACAUGACACUGACCUUUAUAAUCUUUUUGUAUAUAUCUUUUCAAUUUGAAAAAUGCCUUUUCUCACUCCCAGCUAUGCUUUCUACAAUACGGUACCCUCAGUAAGGGAACUUUAUAUAGCUUCGGAGGAUCUUCAGCUCAACAAGAUUAUUGUGACCGUGGUGUUACUAACAAAUCAUUAGCAAUAGACAUUUGGGUAUUUGGGGUCUGAGGUGGGGUCUGAAAUCUCGACCCCCUACUUUGUAUGCCGUGUUCCCUCCUCAUUGAACUCCAUUCUCGUUAUCUGCAAUGUAAGACACUAACCUCAAGCGAACUGCAACCCAUCACAAAUGGAUGUACUGAUGCAUUUAUAUAGGCCCAGAAUCAGGCCAUUGCCUUGCGAUGUAUUUUCAGAAUGCAGGGGUUUUCUGUAUUCUGUACUGAUUCAUCGACCAAGUGGCUUCUAAACAAUGAUUCUUAUCGUCCAUCCAAAAUAAUCGAAGGGCCGAGGAUGAUUUCAUUGCAAGCUGUGGAUAUUGACGCGCCCUUCCACCAAGCCAGCUUCGAUAAAGGCCAGAGAGACUUAGAGAGAGAGA